AUGUCCAUAAUCCCAGCGGACGAUACGCGCUAUGCCCGCACCCUCCUUUCGUCACCACCGGCCACCGAACCUCAGUCUAUGUCACGAACUAUCACCACUCUUCAGCUCCAAUCGCACAUUGAGGGUGGCUACUUCUGCGAAACAGACCGCGACCCGCUCCUUGUGCCCAACCCAUUCAAGAACCUUCCACAGUUGACCAACGCCACUUCCAAGGACACAUCUGAGACGAGGCACGCAUCGACGACCAUCUACUAUUUCUUGGGCCCGAAGAGCCCCGUGGGCCGGUUCCAUCGUAAUAGGGGUCGGACAGUACACACCCUACACUGGGGCCGAGGACGCUAUGUCAUUUUACAUUUCGACCAGAGGGAUUCUGCCAGAGGGCAGGAAGUCCCCAUUGAGACCUUUGUAGUUGGGAAGGACAUUGAAAAGGGAGAAAGAGUCCAGUGGAUCGUCGAGGGUGGCAAGUUCAAGGCGAGUUUUCUGCUCCCCGACAAAGAAGGGGGGGACGAAAGUGAGCAAGGCCUGUUAAUUAGCGAGACGGUGGUCCCGGGGUUUGACUAUGCGGACCACGACUUUAUGACAGCGGAGCAAAUGGCCGAGGGGCUGGACAAGGCACACAGGGAGGAAUUGCAGUGGUUGUUGAACACGGACGAACAGCGCCGCUUGGACGUUGUGCUUAAGGCCCGGGGCAAGGAGUAG